GGUCAACCCUCAUUGCCCACAAGACAUGACAGUUCACUCGGAACUCGAAGCGACAGAAGAUCUGGAGGAAGACUUGGAGAAUUACGUAAGGCUUGUGAGACUAGGGAGAUUCAAAGCUGCCCAAAGGCAUUUCAAACAAAACUUGAUACAUUCCAUCGACAACCCAUAUGUAUUGGACCAGUACUGUUCGAGCCUUGUGGCGAUGUCAGAUUUCCACGCUCUUGCUCGAAUUACUGAGACCAUGGACUCAGAACCCCGCUCGGGAGCCGUUCACGUGAGCAUCAUUGGACAACUUCAUCGAGCUGAAUACCUUUCUGGGGUCAGGCUUCUGAAAUCUGAGAGAGCAGUUGAGGAGUUCUUAAAUCCGUCGUACUUCUUCGCGAACACCAAAGGGCACUGGCCUAAGCUGGACUCAACAGAAUUUUCGGUGCUACUAUCGAUUGGGCUUCCUGAGUAUGACUUUGAGGCAACCGACAAGUUUCUCCUCAAGCACCAUAGCCUCGCCACAGUUUAUCAACAUUUAUUGGCAGAAGCAAGAAUAUGGGACUUCAGAGAUCUCCUCGACGAGCUACUGGUUAUACAGCAGAGUUCCGUUUAUGUGACACUGAAACACCUCCACCAGGACGGAAGCCACAGACAGCCGAUUGAUUUCAUCCGAAGUAUCGAAAACAACUGGGGAACAACCAUAGGAGACGAGAGCUCGUCAUUCGCUCUCCUAGAAAUUUUUACAACACUUGUUCUGGCUUCUAUGGAAGGCUCUGAGGACAUUGGCAUGGUGAAGGCAAUCUUCCGAAUCACCGAACGCUAUGCCCGAGGGGUUCUCGAAAUUAAGUCAACCAACUCGAAAUCUCGGCCGUAUCUUCGUUGGAUUAUCGCAAAGAUAUUGCUGGAGCAGUACGCCGAUCCGAAGAUCGCGGGAUUCUUCACCCUCAGCUCUCACCUCAGACGAUUGCGAGGAAUUUGCGACCGGCCAAGGGUCAUCGUACCUCUUGAAGGCAUGAUUAUGUAUGCACCUGAUGAUGAUGAGGCUCCUGAAUGGGACCCCGAUACCUCUAUCCGCAACCAUGGCCUCUACUAG